AUGAGUUCAAAAACUACUGGUGCUUCAUUGGGUGGUGGUGGUGAUGAGAAUAGUCUAUCAUCAUCAUCAUCAUUACAUCCAGCCCACCAUAGACGUCAUCGUGCUUCAUCCUCUGUGGGUGAGAUCAACAUUGGUGACACUUCGGCCUCGUUGUCUACCAUGCCUACCACCAAAUCUUCCAGAAGAAAGUCAUUUGCAAGAAUGGUCCAAUUAAGAAGCGAAACAAAGUCAGAUUUCGCAAUCGCUGAAAAAUUGGUGGUUGGGUUUAGAGAGUUGACAUAUAGACAAACUUGGAUUUGGCCGUUUAUCCUUUUAAUACUAUCAGUCUUGGUAUUCUUUCUUUCAAAUCUGUCGGGAAAAAUUCAUCAAUUUUUGAGAUCAAUGAUGAUACCUUCAUACCAUAUUGAAGGUACAGAUCAAUAUGGUAAAGGCGAAAACGACUUUAAAUUUGUUGCUUAUUAUGCUGUAUUUUUCACUUUCUUGAGAGAAUUUAUGAUGUGCAUGAUAUUGAAACCUAUUAGUAUAUACUUGGGUAUCAAAAAUGAGGGCAAACAAAAGAGAUUUAUGGAACAAACUUAUGCCAUGUUUUACUACGGUAUAAGUGGGCCUUUUGGUUUAUGGAUCAUGUCAAGAACACCAAUGUGGUUUUUCGAAACAACACCAUUCUAUCUUGAGUACCCUCACAAGACUCAUGAUAUCUUUUUUAAAAUAUUUUACCUUGGACAAGCUGCAUUUUGGGUACAACAAUCAGUAGUCUUGAUUUUACAAUUGGAAAAACCAAGAAAAGAUUUCAAAGAGUUAGUUUUGCACCAUAUAAUCACCAUUGCCUUGAUUUGGUGUUCUUAUAGAUUCCAUUUCACUUGGAUUGGUAUUGAAGUAUUCAUAACCAUGGAUGUGUCCGAUUUCUUUUUGGCAAUAUCGAAAACUUUAAAUUACUUGGACUCAAAACUAACAGGACCAUUUUUUGUGCUUUUCAUUGGUGUAUGGGUAUACUUGAGACAUUACAUCAAUUUAAAAAUCUUGUGGUCUGUUUUAACUGAAUUUAGAACCGUUGGAGAAUGGGAAUUAAACUGGGAAACACAGCAAUACAAAUGUUACAUUUCGCAACCAAUUACUUUUUUCUUGAUCUUUGCAUUACAGCUAGUCAACACUUAUUGGUUAGUGUUGAUAUUGAGGAUCUUGUUCAGGUACAUCUUUGCAGGAGAACAAAAGGAUGAAAGGAGCGAUGACGAAGAGGAAGGGGAAGAAGGAGAAGAAGAAGAAGAAGAAGAAGAAGAAGAAGGAGAAGAAGACGACGAGGAAGAAGAUAAAAAAGUGGAAUCAAAAUACAAAAACGAAGAGGGUAGCAAAAACUAG